AGCUACCUAAUUAGUAAAAUGGCGAAAAAUGUAUGAUCUGUUCAUAAGGCAGAAACAGGUAUGCUAAACAAAUGGGCGUGUCAUUGUUCGCAAAACCAUUUGCAACCUUUUUGUGUGGGAAAGAUCUGCAGAAAACGCAACCGAGAAAGGUCCAACUCGUAGCCUCCGCGUCACGCGGUAGGUAGACUCAUGGGAAACACGUGGUCAUAGAACCAAUGAGGUGUAAGAAUGCGUAGCAACUUAGCUGUGCACGUGUUACGCAUACGUUUAUGCGCACGGAAGGGAGAAAAAUGUGAGAGCAAAAAAUGUGACGAGCGCGAAGGAAUUCACCAAAAAUGGAAGAAUAAAAAGGCACUAUGGGGGAAACGGGAAAGGGAACUGAGAAAUGCUCAUCGUAGGCGCACAACGUAAGUGAAACGAAUCGCUUAAAUGUCCCGAACAAGUGACCAUUUGGGAUGAACAACAACGUGAUUUUUUAAACAAAGCUCACUGUUAGAAUGGUCAAAAAUGUACGUUCUGCGAAAAAAAGAUGAAUGAAGUAAAAUGCAUUUCGAGUCGCUUGAAAAGCCUCGGAAUUGUUCAACAAGGUGAUUUUUUUGUGGAUAGAAGGGUAGGAACCAUUUUGAGAAAUCUCCACAGCCCCUCAUCCAGCGAACAUGUGUUAAAAAAUAAAGAAAUAAAUCGAAAUAAGAAGCAGAAAAUAUGGAUGAAAAAAAUACACGUAAAGGAAUUGCCGCGUAAAAAGUUUGGAAAUAAACUGGGAACAGUAGCAAAAAUGCUCUACUUGAGACGUGUCAGUGGGGAUGGAGCAGAAGGUCGUGUCCUUUACGCUGACAAGCGUGAUGGGGAUUGUGGGCAAAGCGCACAUUCGGAUGCGUUCCUAAGAGGAGGAAACAAUCCUGCUGGCGAAGCAAGUGACACACACAGUAGAAGUAAGGGUAAGAGCUAUGCCAACACGUGCCGUUCAAAUGGGCAUAGUCCAUUGCCCACUGAGGAGGAACAGCAACGUAAAGCGAGCGGAAAAGAAAUUAUUCAACUUGGGAGUAACGAAAAAGAAGUCGCUUCGAUUAGAGGUAGCACAAAUGGGCGCAGAAUGGGCAACCCGAGUGAACACCACCGCAAUAACCAUUCAUGGGACGACAUUUGCGACGAACUGAAGCACCAUUUGCCGUUCCUUCAGCCGUAUAGCAUAACCACAGCUUUGAAUUACCUGUCCAAAGUGAACUAUGAUGAAUACAACAUUUUCAAGCUAGUUGCAGAAAAUGUGGAUGAAAGGUGGAUCAAAAAUUUUAACAUAAAAGACCUCUCCCAACUGCUCUUGUCUUACUCAAGACUUCACACAAAAUAUGACUCAUUCGUAAAUUUAAUAAGCAGAGAAUUGUUAUAUAAAAUAUGCUUUGCAAAUAUGGAGGAGAUAGCUUUAAUAGCCUAUUCGUACACAAAAAUGAAAAUAUACGAUUAUGAGGUUUUUCUUCAUUUGUGUAAUGAGACAAAACGGAGGUUGAAGAAGGAGCUAUCCCAAAGUGAAGGCACCUGUGUUGAUGCUACCGGGGGGGGUUCACAUAGCACUGUGGUGAUGGCUGAUAAUGGAAGAGAUGGCCAACUGCAUGGAAACUGCGAUAGAGGGGGAAGGCUCCCCAGGGAAGAAUAUCCCUCUUACUCGGAGGAGACACAAGGAGAGGGGAUUUCCCAGAAGAGAGCAACUCAUCAAGAAAUGAACAAAAGGGAGACAAAAAAUGGUGAGACACACCCCAAUUGGGGACACCACAACAUGGGGGAAUCAUCCCUCCAAGGGGAUACUACUUACAGUAGGAAGAAUCUACAGAAGGGGUCAAAUUUUAGCGCGAGUCUCACUGAGAUAAGUGGAGAAAAAACUGCUCAAAAGAAUGGCGAACGAGAACCAGGCAAGAAAUAUUCCCACAUAUGUCUGUUUGCCUACUGCCUCGGGAAAAACAAACAUCGGGAUGAUGCACUCCUUGACUUAAUUUCGAAAUAUGUAAAUGUGCAACGGAUUAACAACAUAGAUGUAAGCAAUUUGUCUUACGCAUUUUCUCUGUUCGAUUUUUAUGAAGGCAUUUUUUUUGAGCAGUUCUGCGAGAAGAGUCGCCAAAUUGUGCAUUCUGCGGAGCCGUCCCAGAAGGUACUUAUCAUGUCAUAUCUUUUAAAACACCCGAGGGAAGAAAUGCUAAGUGUGUAUGUGUUGUAUGUUAAAAAUGUGCGCGACGAAAUGGGGCAGAAUGAUUUAUAUAAAGAAGCGCUCCUCCUGAACAUGUGCAUAAACAGCUUUUCGAGUGACGUAUUUUUAAACUUCCUCCUCAAUGUGGUAACUUGCCCAGGAGGGGAUGGCAAUACACCGGAAAGAAGAAAUCAAGCCAAUUUUGUGUUAAACUUUUUGGUUGACUACGCAACCUUUUUUAUGGGAAAAAAGAAAAUGAGUUCACGUGAUUAUCCGAAGAUUUUGAACAUGCUCUUAAAGAAGACCUCCUCGAUCUGA